CUAUGCCAUAACUUUCAAUUUUAAGUAUAUGUUUUUUAUACCUGACAGACUGGACAGUUUUCUGGAAAAAUUACACAACAGCUCGGAGUGCAAAAAACCACAAGAGACACUACCUCCACGAUGGCGCAAAGAGACAAGCAGACGCCACUGCCGUCGCCGCAUCCACCACCGCAGGCUCAGCCAAAGCCAAAGCCAAAAUAUGAGCCGCGUCCGGUGGAGAAGGUUAAGGAUCCGAUCAUCUCCCAAAUCGGUGACUUCCGGCGCUAUCAGCUCUUCUUUUUCUUAAUCAUCGUGCUCUGCAAGUUCGGCAGCGGGUGGCACACCCUCGUCCACAUAUUUCUCGCCGCGCACACGCCCCAAAAGUGCCUCACAGAGAAUGUCACGGAUGCCUGCAGCAAAGACUGCAAAAAGAUGGAGUUCGACACGAGCAUCUUCCAAACGACCAUCAUCACAGAGUGGAAUCUGACAUGUCACAGGCACUCGCUGGCCAGCCUGUCGCAGUCCAUCGUGAUGACGGGGAUCAUGGUCGGCGGCAUGGCCUUUGGGAUGUUAGCGGAUGGAUGGGGCAGGCGGCCGGCGUUCUUGCUCUGCUGUUUCAUGCAGCUGGUCACGGGAUUGAUUGUCUGCGUUUCGCCGUACUUCUGGUUCUACUGCGUGUUCCGGUUUCUCGUUGCCGUCGCCACCGGCGGCACCAUGACCGUCAGCUUUGUGCUGAUAAUGGAGAUCAUCGGACCGAAGAAACGGGAACUGAUCGGCAUCCUCUAUCAGAUCCCAUUCAACAUAGGCCACGCCUCGCUGGCGCUGUUCGCCUACUAUAUCCGGACCUGGCGCUGGUUGCAGUUCAGUGUGACAAUAUUCUCGGCGAUCUUUGUUAUCUACAUCUGUCUCGUGCCAGAGUCGCCGCGCUGGCUCUUGACCACAGGUCGCGUCGACAAGAGUGUCAAGGUUCUGGAGCGGAUUGCCAGGCACAACCGAGCCCCGACAGAGACUAUCAAGCCAGAAAUAGAGGCUGCUUACCAGGCAAUGGCCAGCAAGCAGCCAACGAAGAAAGGUAACGUGCUGGACCUCUUCAGGACCCCGUACCUACGGCUGAAAACCAUCCUCAUGGCCAACAACUGGCUGGUGGUGUGCAUGGUCUACUACGGCGUUGCCCAGUACAUAGCCAAGCUGGGCGGCGACAUCUUUCUCAACGUAUUGAUCGCCGCCCUCCUGGGCAUUCCCGGGACGCUGCUUUGCGUGGUUCUGACCAAGUACCUGGGACGCAAGCUGACCCUGAUGCUCUCCAAUGGACUGAGUGCCAUCGGCCUGCUGCUGCUGGUCUUCCUAUACAAGUCCAAACAGUUAUACCAGGUGAUAUGCGCCACUGUGGGUCUCUUCGGGGCAUCCAUUACCUUCCCGAACGUUUACCUAUACGGGGCCGAGCUAUUCCCCACCGUGGUGCGGUCAAACGGCAUGGGGCUCUGCUCAAUGGUGGGCCGCAUUGGAGGCCUCGUUGCCCCCCUGAUCAACGAGUUGUCUUGGUAUGGGGCUUGGAUCACGCCCCUCAUUUUUGGAAUCGCCUCCAUACUGGCCGUGCUGGGGACGAUCUUCUUGCCGGAGACGCGGGGAAUGCCACUGCCGGAGACCCUCGAGGAUGGCGAAAAGUUUGGCCGCAAAGUGAAAACCUAACCAAAUACCGACUAACUCACACCAUUACCUGCUCUCAAAAAUUAAUAAAUUUAAUUUGAAUUAGA